AGCAAAACCAUGUCUUAACAAUUCUACGCGGUAUAUACACAGAAUGUAAAACGCGGCACUCUCUUUCCAAAUCAGCAAUUUUAGCUAAUAUAGACAAAUUGAAGUUAAUUCAGCUCACUUUCUGAGAUGUUUCCAAUGGAGAUUUUUUCCUCUCUUAUGAAAAAAACUUAACCAUAGCCACUUCACUUCAGAAUCUUUCUCUCUAAAAUUUUCCAGAUCUCGCUUGAUUACUUUUACUUUUUUACUCUUUAUAAUUUUAUAUUUCGUCAGUUCAUCAACUUUUUUGCUUUUUUCACUUUUUUGCCCAUCUCAACUUUGCAAAAACUUGGUGCUGUAAAUGAUGGCCGUACUUCCUGGAGAUAACGUGAUCGCCGUACUUCCGGUGGAUAAACAGAUGGGUAUACCGCCGUUAAAUACUCUGCCGGUAGGAUACCGUUUUCGGCCGACGGAUGAGGAACUAGUGAAUCAUUAUUUGCGGUUGAAGAUCAACGGUGCUGAUAGUGAAGUCAGCGUUAUUCGAGAAGUUGAUAUCUGUAAACUCGAGCCUUGGGACUUGCCUGAUAUGUCUGUGGUAGAGUCAAAUGACAAUGAGUGGUUCUUCUUCUGCCCAAAGGAUCGGAAGUACCAAAAUGGGCAGCGAUUGAACCGAGCAACAGAACGAGGCUACUGGAAAGCUACGGGUAAAGAUAGGAACAUUGUUACUAAGAAGGGUGCAAAAAUUGGGAUGAAGAAGACCUUGGUAUACUACAUUGGCCGAGCUCCUGAAGGCAAGAGGACUCAUUGGGUGAUUCAUGAAUAUCGUGCAACUGACAAGUCAUUGGAUGGAUCACAUCCUGGCCAGGGUGCUUUUGUGCUUUGUCGCCUGUUCAGGAAGAAUGAUUUGAAGCAGGAUGAGCAUGUUGAGAGUUCCAAUUUAGAUGAUGCUGAACUGAAUGCUACAGUUGCCAAAUCACCUACUGAAGGUGAUUUAUCAGAGGCAGCCACUCCAUUAGCAGUCAUACAACCUUUAAGUGAUAGUGAUAAAAGCUAUGCUGCAAAGCUUCCCAAGGGCGAGAUGUAUGGCAAACAAUUACCCAUUGAGAGCCACAGCAACAGCUGUAUUGCUGAUGAUACAGAAGAUCAAAUGUUGGACAUAACAUCCAUACCGCCCGAUAUGGAGCUAGAGAAAGCAUUGGGAAAUUUUUGUGACCCGUCAAUGCAGCCUUUUGAUUGGAAGAUCUUCUCCCCGUUGCACUCACAGUUACAGGUGGAACUUGGAUCUUCUUAUUUGCAAAACCCCAUGAAUAAUGGCAUUGGUGCUUAUCAAAAAGAUGUCCAGUUUCAGUAUGGAACAAAUGCUUUUGAUAUCAAUGAAUUUUUGGACUCAGUAAUUAUCAACUCAGAUGAGUUUUCAUGCGAAGAUUCUGGACAAGAAUUGGUAGCGCAAUUUUGCAGUGUACCUGGUGCGCCAAUUAAGGACUCUGGAUCAUGUAGUGAGUCAGAAGCAGAAGUUACCCAAAGGCUGGUUGAGCCAGACUUCUUUGAGCCUGAGGUGUUGCUGGGCAAUUUUGAUCGAGAGAUUGCAGUUAAAAGAGAGGUUAACUCUAUUGGGGCCACAGUGCAAGAGGCUUGUGGAAGUGCACCUUAUGUUAGCAAUGAUCAUGCUAUGGGGAACCUAGAUUUCUUUCAACAUUCCUACCCUGGACAGAAUGUUUACCCUGCUGGUUAUGGUGCAAUUCAGGUCCCAAACUUCCCAAGUGUAGAACAAUCUGGUGGUUACAGCAAUGUAGUAAGCAGUGAUUCUGGCUCCGGAACUGGAAUAAAACUCAGGCCUAGGCAAAUGCAGAAUCAGUCUGAUGACAGGCAGUUUAGAACGCAAGGAACUGCAAACAGAAGAAUACGUUUGCAAAUGAAACUUCAAGUUGGACGGGUUGAGUCUCGCAGCCAUACUGAUUCUAGUCAGGGGCCAGAAAGUCGUCUAGCAGUAACCGAGGCUGAAAAAGACUCCGAUGAACAUAGUUCUUCCACCAGUGAUGAGACACGAGAUACAACUUGUGGAGAAUAUGGAGUUAGUGGAGAGGCUGAUGACCUGAGCACACCCGUGAAAGAUGCAUGUGAUUCUCCAGUUCAAGACAUUGUUGAUGUGUCCUUGAGGACCAAUACAAAGCUCUCAAGUUCAUCACGUCUGUACAUGUCCAUGGUUCUUGUGGUUGCAAGUCUGCUUGUGGUCUUCAUUGGUGUCUGGGAAUGCUUUAGAGUGCGAGUAUAGUACGCGUCAGCUACCUAAUUUGUAUUUAUAGAUUCCCAGUAUACGAUGGGUAUGUGUUCGGGGUAGCAUGAACAGGCCUUUCCUGUUUGUUGAAUUUAUCUCAUAUGUUUAUUGCAGCAGGAACUUGAGUUGAGACAUUAGAGAUUGCUAGUAUAUAUUUUUAAGAGCUUGCUCGUUUUGUACAUGUUUCUUUUAGGGUUUUACUGUUGAUUUCCCUUUAGCAGAAUUUAGCUGAAACAUCUAAUUUGCGAUUUUA